AUGGGCCUGCCCGAGGAUUUCGACGACCGACAAAUCCACAUCGAAUCUAAAAAAGAGCAAUACACUCCCUAUGAGUAUCAGACAGAGAACAACGACUCAUGGGCGGGUGCUCUGCCGGUGAAGCAAGGAUUGUAUGAUCCGAGCUUAGAAAAAGAUGCAUGCGGUGUCGGCUUUGCUUGCCACAUCAAGGGCAAGCCUAGCCACAAGAUCGUCAGCGAUGCGCGCAACCUGCUUUGCAACAUGACCCACAGAGGUGCUGUGGGAUCUGAUGCACGAGACGGUGAUGGCGCUGGCGUCAUGACUUCGAUCCCCCACAGGUUCUUCAUCAAGAACUUUGAAAAGGAGGAGGGCAUUAAGCUGCCCCCUCUGGGACAAUAUGCUACGGGAAACCUGUUCUUUAAGCCAGACGAGGAGACUCUGCAAGAGUCCAAGAGGCAGUUGGAAGAUAUUGCCGAAUCGUUAGGCCUGCGUGUCUUGGGAUGGCGAAGGCCUCCUGUUGACUCGACUCUGCUUGGUCCUGCUGCCAAGUCUCGUGAGCCCAUUAUCAUGCAGCCCUUCGUCGUCUUGACCUCCGCCUACGGCCAGGGCAACGCUCCCGAGAACACCGAUCCCGAGCAAUUUGAUGACAGACUAUUCGAAAGACAAUUAUAUGUCCUCAGAAAGCGAGCAACCCACACUAUCGGCCUCCAGAACUGGUUCUACCUCUGCUCCCUCUCCAACAAGAACAUUGUUUACAAGGGACAGCUGGCCCCCGUCCAGGUCUACCAGUACUACUAUGAUCUGGUCAACGCCGACUACGAGGCUCACUUUGCCCUUGUCCACUCUCGUUUCUCGACCAACACUUUCCCCUCAUGGGAUCGUGCUCAGCCUUUGAGAUGGGCUGCCCACAACGGUGAGAUCAACACCCUUCGUGGUAACAAGAACUGGAUGAGAGCUCGUGAGGGUGUCAUGCAGUCUGACAUUUUCCGCGAGGAGCUCGAGGGGCUCUACCCCAUUGUUGAGGAUGGCGGCUCCGAUUCCGCUGCUUUCGACAACGUUUUGGAACUCCUGACCAUCAACGGUGUUCUGUCCCUCCCUGAGGCUGUCAUGCUCAUGGUCCCCGAGGCUUGGCAAGGCAACACCCACAUGGACCCCAAGAAGGCUGCUUUCUACGAGUGGGCUGCUUGCCAAAUGGAGCCUUGGGACGGUCCCGCGCUCUUCACCUUCGCCGACGGCCGUUAUUGCGGUGCCAACCUCGACCGUAACGGUCUCCGUCCUUGCCGUUUCUACGUCAUGGACGACGACCGCAUCAUUUGCGCCUCUGAGGUCGGCACUAUCCCCGUCGAGCCUGAGAAGGUCAUUCAGAAGGGUCGCCUCCAGCCCGGUCGUAUGCUUCUCGUUGACACUCUUGCCGGUCGCAUCAUCGACGACAAGGAGCUCAAGGAGGCUGUUUCCAGCCGCCAAGACUUCCGCGCCUGGAUUGACCAGGAGCUCAUCACCUUGCCCAAGGUUCUCGAGACUGUGGGCCAGACCGUGGAUGUUGCGGCCAAGCCCGACGCUACGCGUCUGCAGGAGGAUCCUCUUCUCCUGGCCUUCGGUUACACUCACGAGCAGGUGAGCUUGUUGCUGGCUCCUAUGGCUUCUGACGAGAAGGAAGCCCUUGGAUCCAUGGGCAACGAUGCCCCUCUGGCCUGCUUGUCUCAGGCUCCUCGCCUUCUGUACGAGUACUUCCGUCAGCUCUUCGCCCAGGUCACCAACCCUCCAAUUGACCCCAUCCGUGAGUCGAUCGUCAUGUCUCUGGAGUGCUACGUUGGUCCUCAGGGCAACCUCCUUGAGAUGGACAGCUCUCAGUGCGGCCGUCUCCUUUUGCCCAGCCCCAUUCUCUCCAUCCCCGAGUUCAACUCGCUCAAGAACAUGGCCAGCAUCCACCCCGAGUGGACUGUCAAGGUCAUCGACCUGACCUUCCCCAAGAGCGAGGGCACUGAGGGCUACCUGCGCCACCUCGACUACAUUUGCAACGAGACCACCGCAGCCAUCGAGAACAAGGACCGCAUCAUUGUCCUCUCUGACCGCGCCACCUCCAAGGACCGCAUCCCCGUCUCCGCCCUUCUUGCCUCUGGUAUGGUCCACCAUCACCUGGUCAGCAACAAGUGGCGUUCCAUGGCUGCGAUUGUCGUCGAGACUGCCGAGGCUCGUGAGGUGCACCACAUGUGUGUCCUUCUCGGCUACGGUGCCGAUGCUGUCAACCCGUACCUGGCCAUGGAGUGCAUUCUUAAGCUGAACCGCGAGAAGCUUAUUAAGAAGAAGCUCUCUGAUGAGGCUCUCAUCCACAACUACAAGCACUCUUGCGAUGGUGGUAUCCUCAAGGUCAUGAGUAAGAUGGGUAUCUCCACCCUCGCCUCUUACAAGGGUGCUCAGAUCUUCGAGGCUCUCGGUCUCGACGAGACAGUCAUUGAGCGCUGCUUCAAGGGCACUGCUUCCCGUAUCCAGGGCUCCACUUUCGAGCUCAUUGCUGAGGAUGGUUUCCGCUUCCACGAGCGUGGUUUCCCCUCUCGCUACACCGUUGGUGUCUCUGGUCUCCCUGAGUCUGGCGAAUACCACUGGCGUGACGGUGGUGAGGCUCACAUGAACGACCCUACCUGCAUUGCCAACAUCCAGGAUGCCGUUCGCACCAAGAACGACAAGUCCUACGAGGCCUACUCCAAGUCCCAGUACGAGCAGAUCAAGGCUUGCACCCUCCGUGGCAUGCUUGACUUCAAGUUUGAAGACUGCACUCCCGUCCCCAUUGAGCAGGUUGAGCCGUGGACAGAGAUUGUCCGUCGUUUCUGCACGGGUGCCAUGUCUUACGGCUCCAUCUCCAUGGAGUCUCACUCCACCUUGGCUGUUGCCAUGAACAGACUCGGCGGCAAGUCCAAUACUGGUGAGGGUGGUGAGGAUCCUGAGCGUUCUCAGCGCUUGGCCAACGGUGACACUAUGCGCUCUGCCAUCAAGCAGGUCGCCUCUGGCCGUUUCGGUGUCACCUCUGCCUACCUCGCCGACUCUGACGAGCUUCAGAUCAAGAUGGCCCAGGGAGCUAAGCCCGGUGAGGGUGGUGAGCUUCCUGGACACAAGGUGUCCAAGUCCAUUGCUCGCACUCGUCACUCCACCCCUGGUGUCGGUCUCAUUUCUCCUCCUCCCCACCACGACAUUUACUCUAUUGAGGACUUGAAGCAGUUGAUUUACGACCUCAAGUGCUCCAGCCCUCGCUCUCGUGUCUCAGUCAAGCUCGUCUCUGAGGUUGGUGUCGGUAUCGUCGCCUCCGGUGUCGCCAAGGCCAAGGCCGACCACAUCCUGAUCUCCGGCCAUGAUGGUGGUACCGGUGCCUCCCGCUGGACUGGUAUCAAGUACGCCGGUCUUCCCUGGGAGCUUGGUCUUGCUGAGACUCAUCAGACUCUGGUCCUCAACGACCUCCGUGGUCGUGUUGUUGUGCAGACUGAUGGUCAGCUCCGCACUGGUCGUGAUGUUGCCAUGGCUUGCUUGCUCGGUGCCGAAGAAUGGGGCUUCGCCACCACUCCUUUGAUCGCCAUGGGCUGCAUCUUCAUGCGCAAGUGCCACCUGAACUCCUGCCCUGUCGGUAUUGCUACCCAGGAUCCUGAGCUUCGCAAGAAGUUCACCGGUACUCCCGAGCACGUCAUCAACUUCUUCUACUACGUCGCCAACGAGCUCCGUGCUAUCAUGGCCAGGCUCGGUUUCCGCACCAUCAACGAGAUGGUUGGCCAUGUUGAGGUUCUCAAGGUUCGCGAUGACCUCCGCACGAAGAAGACCUCCAACAUCGACCUCUCCCUGCUCCUGACUCCCGCUCACAAGCUCCGCCCGGGUGUUGCCACCUUCAACGUUCGCAAGCAGGAUCACAAGCUCUACGUCCGCUUGGACAACAAGCUUAUCUCGGAGGCCGAGUUGACUCUGGACAAGGGCCUGCCUUCCAGAAUCGAGUGUGACAUUGUCAACACCGACCGUGCCAUGGGUACCUCGCUCUCAUACCAUAUCUCCAAGCGCUACGGCGAGGAUGGUCUGCCUCUGGACACCGUUCACGUCAAUAUCAAGGGCUCCGCUGGUCAGUCCUUCGGUGCGUUCCUCGCUCCUGGUGUGACCCUGGAGCUUGAGGGUGAUGCCAACGACUACGUCGGUAAGGGUCUGUCUGGCGGUCGCUUGAUCGUCUACCCUCCCCGUUCUGCCGUCUUCAAGGCCGAGGAGAACAUCAUUGUCGGUAAUGUCUGCUUGUACGGUGCUACCAAGGGUACCUGCUUCUUCCGCGGUGUUGCCGCUGAGCGUUUCGCUGUCCGUAACUCCGGUGCCACCGCCGUCGUCGAGGGUGUCGGUGACCACGGUUGCGAAUACAUGACUGGUGGCCGCAUCGUCAUUCUUGGCAGCACUGGUCGCAACUUCGCUGCCGGUAUGUCUGGCGGUAUCGCCUACGUUCUCGACAUUCACAAGGACUUCCUCUCCAAGCUCAACACUGAGAUGGUUGAGGCCGAAGCCGUCGAGGAGCCCACUGAGAUUGCCUACCUGCGCGGUCUCAUUGAGGACCACCACCACUACACCGGAUCCGAGCUUGCUGCCCGCAUCUUGGUCGACUUCAACCGCGCUCUGCCCCGCUUCGUCAAGGUCAUGCCCGUUGACUACAAGCGUGUCCUGGCUGAGGAGGCCGCCAAGGCCGCUGAGGCCAAGCGUGCCGAGUACAACCUUCCCGUCAUCUCUGGCGUUCCCGCCAAGAAGGAGGAGAAGGCCGCUAAGCUCCAGGACAUCGAGGAGACCAUUGGCGACAACGCUGCCGAGAAGAAGCGCGCUCUGGUCCUCGACAAGACCAAGGGUUUCAUGAAGUACCAGCGCCGUGCUGAGAAGUACAGGAACCCCAAGACUCGUACCAAGGAUUGGGCCGAGCUCUCCUCCCGUCUCGACGAGGACGAGCUCAAGUACCAAUCUGCUCGUUGCAUGGACUGCGGUGUCCCCUUCUGCCAGUCAGAGACGGGUUGCCCUAUCUCUAACAUCAUCCCCAAAUGGAACGAAUUGGUCUUUCAAUGUCUAUCACCUGAAACUUUGGUCCGCACAGUUGAAGGUCAAAAGACGAUUCGUGACAUCAACAUUGGCGACAAGCUUUUCGAUCAUAACGACAUGCCUGUGCUUUGUCUGGCCGCGGGCGAGAUCAAGACAAGUUCUACCAUGAGGACUAUUACAUACAAGGAAUGGAACUCGAAGACCAACACGACCAUGGAAUGCACUUCAGACCAUAUCAUGUCUAUGAAGUCGUAUGGUGUCAAGCCUACUAUUAAGCUUGGGUGUGUUGUGGUUUGGUACACCCGUUGCGAUCGGACUGAGCUUAAGGAAGAGGUCACAGAUCUCAAGUGGAAUGAGUUGAUGCAUCGUCUUUACUCUGACGCGCAAAAGGGCAAUGCCCUUCGCCCUACUGAUGCUGACGUCCACGCCUUCAUUGAUGCACUUGUGGAUAAGUGGUCUGCUGUUACUUCAGAUCCGAAUGAUAGUCUCUUCCUUGUCUUUAAGCAGUUCAAGGAGAGUUCUCCCUUGGAGGAGCUAGCUGAUCUUGAUGAUGAAAGCCUGCAGCCGAUGUUCCGUGCAGCCCUACAUGAGCAGAUGGAUGAUUACCUCGAGCACCUCAUGCCUGAGCAAGAGGAGGUUCCUGAUGAUGACGACGACCUUGAGAUUGACCUAGACGCUUUCCGUCCACGCAAGUUCCGCUCGCUUGAGCGGAUGCCUUCAUCAACACACACGUCUGACCCUACAUACCGGCAGACUACCGCAGUUCCAUCAUCUCCUCCAGCCCAGCAAGAAACUCAGGAGUCUCAGGAGUCACAAGAUUCACAGCAGUCUCAAGGCAGCUCAUUUGCAGACACUGUCCAGAUGGUCCGUAAGGAGGAUCAUCUGGAGAAAGCAUUCAAGAAGUACCAGGUUCGCUUCAAGAAUGCAGAUCAAGCUCGUCUUGCUCUAGACUUGCUUUCAGGCGAUCAUUUCCGCACUGUUGAUCCCCAUGCUGUUCAGAACGGCGAUACUUGGACCAUGACGCUGGCAGAGUACGAGGCUUCGUGUGCUAAUGUGAGCAACAAGUCCAACCGAAAGCUCAAACUUUACCGAGCUCCCUUGAAGUUUGUCCCUUCUGAGACACCAGCAACCUCUGUUCCAGUUGAUCCAUACUACUUUGGAUUCUGGCUUGGCGAUGGUACCAAGGAUGCUGCUGGCAUAACCAGCACUGAUAUGGAGGUAAAGGCCUAUGUCCAAUCCUAUGUGGACCGCCUGAACCGCCAGAGACCUGAAGGUGAGCCUGUUCUGCUCUUUACUGAGCAGAUUCGCCAUCAGGCAGGCUACACAGCAGAAUUGGCUCCUGUCGGCGAUGAGGCUCCCUCUACGAUCACUAGUACGGCUGAUGUGUACUACUGGAGGAUCUCUUCUUCAAAGAGAGGUCCAGGCUUCUGGAAUCCUAUUUACACAGGUUUACGAAACUUGGGCUUCACUGGCGAGGAUAAGACUGCAGGCAUUCCUGACGCUUACAUGAACGCUGACGAAGAUACUCGCUUGGCUGUGCUUGCAGGCUUGAUUGAGUCUGAUGGCCAUCGCGUCAACAAAUUCUAUCGGUUCACGCAAAACACCUUCGAGCACCAGAAGAUUGUUGAAGAUGCUCGCAAGUUGGCUCUUUCCUGCGGCAUCAUGUGCUCGCCCGUCCGUCAGUCUGAUAUCAAGGCUAGAAAAGAGCCGAGAUUCGAGUUCGACAUGUUCAAAGGCUGCGAGAAGUUCCAGCAUCAUCUUCUUAUCCCUCGAAAGAAGCUUGGCAGUCUGAAGACAGGCGGGCAUACCAUCAACUGGGAUGCCCACACGUUCGAAGUUUCAGAGCCUCAUGAUGGAGAGUUCAGAGCUAUUGAGGUUUCUGGCGGCCUGUAUCAGCUCGCAAACCGCACCAUUGUGCACAACUGUCAAUGGCAAGACGCUCUCAACCGUCUUCUCAUGACCAACAACUUCCCCGAGUUCACUGGUCGUGUCUGCCCUGCUCCUUGCGAGGGUGCCUGUGUCCUGGGUAUCAAUGAGGACCCUGUUGGUAUCAAGUCAAUUGAGUGCGCCAUCAUUGACCGUGGUUUCGAGAUGGGCUGGAUGAUUCCUCGUCCUCCGGAUGUCCGCACCGGCAAGAAGGUUGCUAUCAUCGGUUCCGGACCCGCCGGUCUGGCCGCUGCCGACCAGCUGAACCGUGCCGGCCACACCGUCACCGUCUACGAGCGUGCCGACCGCCCCGGUGGUCUCCUCAUGUACGGUAUUCCCAACAUGAAGCUUGACAAGCGCAUUGUCAAGCGCCGUACCGACUUCAUGGCAGCCGAGGGCGUCAACUUCAAGUGCGGUGUUGCCGUCGGCGAGGACAUCCAGCUUAUGGACCUCAAGGCUGAGAACGACGCCGUUGUCAUCGCCACUGGUGCCACCGUCGCCCGUGACCUCCCCAUCAAGGGCCGUGAGCUCGAGGGCAUCCACUACGCCAUGGAGUUCCUUCACAAGAACACCAAGUCCCUCCUCGACUCCGAGCUCGCCGACGGCUCUUACAUCUCCGCCAAGGGCAAGGACGUCAUCGUCAUCGGCGGUGGUGACACCGGUAACGACUGUAUCGGUACGUCCGUCCGCCACGGUGCCAAGUCCGUGAUCAACUUCGAGCUGCUGCCCCAGCCUCCCCCGGAGCGUGCCCGUGACAACCCGUGGCCCCAAUGGCCCCGCAUCUACCGUGUGGACUACGGCCACACUGAGGUCAAGCAGCACAUGGGCAAGGACCCCCGUGAGUACUGCAUCAUGUCUGAGGAGUUCGUCGACGACGGCUCUGGCAAGGUCAAGGGUAUCAACACCAUUCGCGUUGAGUGGACUCGCUCCGCCUCUGGUGGUUGGGACAUGAAGAAGAUCGAUGGCUCUCAGCAGUUCUUCCCUGCAGACCUCGUCCUCCUGUCCAUGGGUUUCCUCGGCCCCGAGGCCCGCAUCCUCGGUGACGACAUUGAGAAGGACGCUCGCAAGAACGUCAAGACUCCUCCCGGCAAGUACAGCACCAACAUUCCCGGCGUCUUCGCCGCUGGUGACUGCCGUCGCGGCCAGUCCCUUAUCGUCUGGGGUAUCAACGAAGGUCGCCAGGCUGCUCGCGAGAUUGAUCUGUUCCUCGAGCAGUGCACCAGUCUCCCCGUCACCGGUGGUAUCGUCAAGCGCACCGCCGGCGAGAUCUUCAGCCGGGUGAAGCCUGCCCAGGCUUAA